AUGGGACCAGACAUCGAAAAGGACCAACAGGUCCAACAAGUCCGCACCGGUAGCCAAGACGACCCCGAACACAGCACCUCCUCUACAAACUUAGCACCCAAGUCGCGCUACGAAAAAUGGGCCGAGAAUAUCAGUGGCCUAGAAGUCCGCGGCAUCGAGCCCAUUCCCCUCGAAGAGCGCCGAAAACCCACCGCUUGGGCUGCGUUGGAGAUGCUGGUCAUGUGGUUCAGCAUGGGCAUGGCAAUAAACAAUAUUACCGCGGGAUCUAUGGGGACGCUUGUGAUGGGGUUGAGUUAUAAGGAUUCGGUGAUUUGUGCGGUUUUGGGGAAUCUUUUGGGGAAUGUGGCAGUUGGGUACAUGAGUACUUGGGGACCAAGGAGUGGGAAUCGGACUCUUAUUGUGGCGCGCUAUUUUAUGGGGUAUUACCCCAGCAAGGUGUGCUGUGCGCUCAAUAUCCUGACGAAUCUCGGAUACGGCAUGAUGAACUGUGUGGUCGGUGGCCAACUCCUCUCCAAAGUAUCGGGAGGGCACGUCUCCGUCAUUGUGGGAAUCAUUAUCGUCGCCCUUGCGAGUUGGGUCAUGGCCACUUUCGGCAUGAGUGUGUUCCAGUUUUAUGAAAGGGUCGCAUGGCUACCUCAAAUAAUGGUUCUCUGCAUUAUGAUCGGAACAGCAUGGCCCCAAUUCAACUUCGACGCCGUAUCAAUCGGAUCCACAGAACAAAUCAACGCAAAGCGCCUAUCCUUCUUCUCACUAUGUUUCUCCGUCAGCCUCGCAUGGGUCCCUAUCGCCGCGGAUUACUACGUCUACUACCCACCUGACAUCAAGCGCUGGAAGACAUGGACCGUGACAGUUAUCGGUUGCUUCUCUAUGAUGAUCACGAUCCUCAUGGGCGUUGGUCUUGGGACCGGCGUUGCGCAUAAUCUACAAUGGGCGGCAAUCUAUGACGGCACGCCGGGGGGCUUGCUAAUGGCUGCUUAUAACCGGCUUGGGUCGUUUGGGAGUUUUUGUGCCAUCGUGAAUAUGGUGGGUGUGAUUUCGAAUAAUGCGCCUGGUUCGUACUCGAUGUCGAUGAAUUUUCAAAUGUUGGGGAAUUUUUGGCAGAAAAUCCCAAGGCCUGUGUUUACAAUCAUCACUACCGUGAUCUAUGCGGGCUGUGCUAUAGGCGGACGCAACUCGUUGUAUCAGAUCUUCGGAAACUUCCUACCGCUUAUUGGGUAUUGGGUUGUUAUCUGGCUCAUGAUUGUGAUCGAGCAAGAUGUGCUCUUCAACCGAGGUAGGGAAUACGAUUGGUCUAUCUGGAAUAAUCGGAGGAAACUACCUGUUGGAAUCGCAGCUGGUGUAUCGUUCCUGGUUGGUUGGGUCGGAGCUAUUGUUGGCAUGAACCAAACAUACUACACCGGACCAGUCGCGAAAGCCGUUGCCGGUGACUGUGAAUUGGGUAUCUGGCUUGGAGCAGGGUUUACGAUUAUUGCCUAUCCUCCACUAAGAAUGUUGGAAUUGCGGUUUACUGAUCGGUAA